AUGGAGUAUAGGUUUGCCCGGCCAAGGAAAAUCCCAGCAACCCAUUCGGUCAGACCAAGUACAAGGUGGUUACCACCUCUUGUGGAUUGGUACAAAGCCAACUUCGAUGCUGCAAUUUUUCAGGACGAUGGAAGAGAAAAUAUAGGUGUGAUAAUCCGUGACAGUAAUGGCUCGGCCAUGGUCUCUUUAUCACAGAAUAUCCAGCUCUCUAAUUCGGUGGUGGAAGUGGAAGCCAUGGCAGCCAACCGAGCCAUUGAACUCUCCUCAGAAUUGGGUUUUGACAAGAUUAUUUUUGAAGGCGACUCUGAGAUUGUUAUAAAGGCUUUAACGGAUUACUCACCUUCCUUAGCGUCCUUUGGUUUGCUGAUUAAGGAUGCCCAAUUUUGGUAG